CGAAUUUAAGAUUUCAAAACAAGUAGUCGUAUUUCGCACCAGAACAUUCAAAACAGUAGGAUAACGCGUUUAUCUUCUUUUCUACCGUGUGGCCUUUUUUUUUUCGAAAAUGGCAUUUUUUCAUCCGUCCCGCCGCUCCCGCAACAGGCAUCUUGUCGUUUAACCGCCCGUCAUGGCGGUCCAGCAGACCAUGCCCACCGCGCCGAUUAUGAACUGCAAAAGUAUCGUACUCGUAUAAAUGCAUUACAAAUUUCCUCAGCAUGAGAAAUAAAAUUUGUAAUGCUGAUUUGCCUUAACAAAGGGAUUUGCAAUGCAUGAUUUCCAUACGAGUACGAAUACGAUACUUUUGCACAGGAUACCGAUCCCCCGGCGGCGAAUUCAUGGCAAACAGGACGACGUGUGUUGCGCCAGUUGCGACCAUAUGGAUUGCAAAAAUGUCUGGGUCUGGAAACUUGUGAUGCUGGGUAGCGUAUCAUGAAGAGGCCACAAGUGCUGGCGUAGCAUGACAAGCUUUUGAGCUUCUAGGUGUUGCCUAUUCUGCAUGGCAACCUGUGUUUCAUCUGCAUGGCAGCAAAAUGGGGCUCUUGGGUAACGUGCGUGACAGAUUUAAGAGUCUUGCCAGACAAGCAUGAGAAACAUGCACUCUUCCAGACCCAGACACUUUUGCAUUUGAUAGACCAGUGGACCGCCCUCCCGUCCACGGAAAUGCGCGACGUGAGCACCAACAGCAUUUUGCGCAUCAAUUUCGCCUACUGGGACCGGCACUGCUGCUAUCAAAUGUAAAAAUGUCUGGAUCUGGAAGAAUGCAACUUGUGAUGCUAACUUUGGACUCUAAAAAAAUCUGUAUUGCAUGACCAGCAAUAGGAGCCCAGUUUGUGCUACGCGGCGAGGGCAUUUGUCAUGCGGGAUAGGCAUCAGGAAGGCCUCUAAAAAUAUGCGAUGCCAGAUCAUGCAUUACAGACAUCCUGAGUCAUGUAAAAUAUGCAUGACAAACCUGGUAACCUUCCAGACCCAGACAUUUUUACAUUUGAUAGCUGCACCUGCGGCCCCCACCCGGGAGUCACCGAGCAGGACCAACAUUGUCCAGAGGAGGUGAUUCAAGCCGCCAUUGUGAACUGCGGGGGGAAUAAAGUGGUUGAGUUGAAAGAAGAAGUAAAGAAAUCUGAGGACUCAUCUUCCGGCGACUCAACCUGCUCAAGUGACACGGAGGACGAGGACCAUCACGAUGUCGAAGUUGUUCUUUCGUCGUCCGGGCGCGUGGUCGAUAUCAGGGAAGAACUGAUUGCAAUCUAG